AAAUGGUACAGAGCCUAGGCCGCAGUCAGAGAUUCUAACAGACAGUUCUAUUUCAUUCGCUGAUUUUUGCAGUCUUUAUUUGGCUAUCGAGCGAAUGACCCUGUCGUCUGCUGACAUCCAGUCCAUCAUGCGCAGACACAACCAAAUACGUCAGGGGGCCAAUGUGACUAAAAUGGCUUGGGUCCAUUCUACGGCCAACCUGGCGGCCGCCUGGGGGGAGGGCUGUACGUGGUCAGCCAUGCAUGACAGACACGCCUUCAUCUCCUACACGAAGAAAACGGACCAGGUAUUUAGGUUCGCAUUCGCAAGAUGGGGGGACGAUUCAAGUGAAGAAUACAGGCGGAUUAUCGAACCUAGCAACAUCUACGUUGGUUGUGCCUUCAUUAGCUGUGAUGUUGACAAAGCUAAUUUUGUUUGCAUUUAUAGGACUGGUCCCAGCUUCCCACCACUGACCUAAUGAUGCAUGCUGGGAUAUGCACGUGAAACCUGCUCCAGUCAUCUCAGGAGAGAUAGAGAGAGGCUAGGAGAGAUAGAGAGACUAGGAGAGAUAGAGAGGCUAGGAGAGAU